GAGCAUGUCGGCGCUGCGGAGGAAGCUGGGGGACGAGUACCAGGUGGUGAGCACCUCCGCCAGCGGCGGGGGGCUGCCCCCUCCCCGGGCCGCCCCCCGGGGCAAGCGGCAGCGCUUCGUGGACAAGAACGGGCGGUGCAACGUGCAGCACGGGAACCUGGGGGGGGAGACCAGCCGGUACCUCUCGGACCUCUUCACCACCCUGGUGGAUCUCAAGUGGCGCUGGAACCUCUUCAUCUUCAUCCUGACCUACACCGUGGCCUGGCUCUUCAUGGCCUCCAUGUGGUGGGUCAUCGCCUACAUGCGGGGGGACCUCAACAAGGCGCACGAUGACAGCUACACCCCCUGCGUGGCCAACGUCUACAACUUCCCCUCCGCCUUCCUCUUCUUCAUAGAGACCGAGGCCACCAUCGGCUACGGCUACCGCUACAUCACCGACAAGUGCCCCGAGGGCAUCAUCCUCUUCCUCUUCCAGUCCAUCCUGGGCUCCAUCGUGGACGCCUUCCUCAUCGGCUGCAUGUUCAUCAAGAUGUCCCAGCCCAAGAAGAGGGCCGAGACCCUGAUGUUCAGCGAGCACGCCGCCAUCUCCAUGCGGGACGGCAAGCUCACCCUCAUGUUCCGGGUGGGCAACCUCCGCAACAGCCACAUGGUCUCCGCGCAGAUCCGCUGCAAGCUGCUCAAAUCCCGGCAGACCCCAGAGGGCGAGUUCCUCCCGCUCGAUCAGCUGGAGCUGGACGUGGGUUUCAGCACAGGGGCUGACCAGCUCUUCCUCGUGUCCCCCCUCACCAUCUGCCACGUGAUAGAUGCCAAGAGCCCCUUCUACGACCUCUCCCAGCGCAGCAUGCAGACCGAGCAGUUUGAGAUCGUCGUCAUCCUGGAGGGCAUCGUGGAGACAACGGGGAUGACAUGCCAAGCCAGGACAUCCUAUACCGAGGAUGAGGUGCUCUGGGGUCAUCGUUUCUUCCCGGUUAUCUCCUUGGAAGAAGGCUUCUUCAAAGUCGAUUACUCCCAGUUCCACGCGACGUUUGAGGUCCCCACCCCACCGUACAGCGUGAAGGAGCAGGAGGAGAUGCUGCUCAUGUCCUCUCCCUUGAUAGCCCCCGCUGUGAGCAACAGCAAAGAAAGGAACAACUCGGUGGAUGGCCUGGAUGGUCUUGACGAAGUGGGCACAAAGCUGCCUUCAAAACUGCAGAAAAUAACUGGGAGGGAAGACUUCCCCAAAAAACUCCUCAGGAUGAGUUCCACCACCUCCGAGAAGGCCUACAGCAUGGGGGAUUUGCCCAUGAAACUCCAGCGGAUCAGCUCAGUCCCCGGGAAUUCGGAGGAGAAACUGGUGUCUAAGACCACCAAGAUGAUGUCGGAUCCCAUCAGCCAGUCGGUGGCCGACCUGCCGCCCAAGCUGCAGAAGCUGUCGGGCGGCGGCAGGAUGGAAGGGAACCUGCCCCCCAAGCUGAGGAAAAUGAACUCGGACCGCUUCACAUAACCCGACGGGACGGGGCCAGCUCUCGUGCAGGGCUUGGAACUUGCCCGUGGGCAGGAGGGCAGGUCCUGCCCACCCCUGGGGUGCCCAACGCCGGGGCCAGGCAGGAGCGCGUCCCCGGCGGCGGCGGCGGCGGCGGCUGCGCUGGGAGAGCCAAGGACGGGGCCGCUGGGCGGGCGGGCGCUCGCUGCCAUGUCCCCCCGACACGCAUGCAAUAACCGUGUGCCAUUCCUUGCAUCUAGUUUUAUGGCAUGACUCCUACUCUAUUUAUACUGUAUAUUCUGGAAAACCCGGCGCGGGGCGUUCCCUCCUCCUCCCCCCCCCCCCCC